AUGAUAUAUAGCUCAAUUUGGAAGCCCACUGGAAUCUAUCCGAUCAGGUCCAUCACAAAGGAUAACAUUCGACAAAUCUUCAACUUCGGUUUGGGAAGUCAGAAGUUUGGAACCACGGUGGACGAGAAGACUGGUGCAGCUGAGGCGAAGAUCAGCGAAAGCAAGGACGACGUUAUAGGAACGCUCAAGAAAGAGGGCGAGAUACCAGAGUUAGCAGAAAAUGCCACAAGUACGACAACGGCUGGUGAAGAGCAGAAGCCAACAAAUGAAUCUACGAUUGUGGAAGAGGUCAAAACAGAAGAGGGCGCUGAAAAGAAAGCAGAGGAAGGCAGUGAAACGAAAACAGAGGAAGGCGGUGAGAAGGUCGUUACAGAGGAAGGCAAGGAAAAAGUCGCUGAAGGAGAGGGAGAGCCUAAGGAAAAAGUGGAGGAGAAGAAAUCGGAGGAGACAAAUGCCAUAGAAGAAGAAGGAAAACCAGCCGAAGGACGUCUAGGAGGAGGACCAUCCAUUGAGGGCUUCUCGGAACCAAAAUCUGCUGAAGGACAGCCUGAAGGCAAGACGUCAGAGAUUCAGAAGGAGAAGUCCUCAGAAGAGCAAUCACUGAAUAAGCCCAUUGAAGCUCAAGCACCUGAAAGUACG